GCACGUCCCCAUCCGGGAACGGAAUCGACGCCAACAGCCGCCACCGCCGAGCACCACUCUUCGCCGGCCAUGGAGACCUCCGCCGCCGCCGCCGCCGCCGCCGCAGCCGCAGACGGUGCGCUCCUACCCAUCUACAUCUCCUCCGACGACGAGGACGAAGGCCGCAUCCUCUUCCUCGAUUCCUACAGCACCGAGGAGAUCCAGAUCCAGGAGGCCCUGCUCCUCUCCCUCCACUCCUCCCGCGCCGCGGACACCGCCCAUUCCUCCGCAUCCCCCUCCGGCCCCUCCGUGGCCUCCACCUCCGGGGGGCGGGAGCCCUCCCCCCUCCCCGACCGCAAGGGCAAGGGCAAGCGCAAGCUAUCGUCGGAAGAAGGCGUCCCGAGCGAAUCGACGAGGAAGCGGCGGCGGUUCAGGUGCAGCAUCUGCAUGGAGAAGGUCCAGGCCUCGGAGCGGUUCGCCGUGAGCUUCUGCGCCCACGCCUUCUGCAACGGCUGCAUUGGCCGCUACGUCGCCGCCAAGGUCUCCGAGAACGCGGCCGUGAUCGGGUGCCCUGACCCCGAGUGCGAGGAGGGUUUCGUUGAGAUCGACACGUGCAGGGAUAUCAUCCCGCCGGAGCUGUUUGACCGGUGGAGCGUCUCGCUGUGCGAGUUGGCGCUGGGGGAGAAGAAGUACUACUGCCCGUUCAAGGACUGCUCGGCGUUGCUGAUCCACGACAACGACGGCACGGAGAAGAAAAUCCGGGAGACGGAGUGCCCCCACUGCCACCGGAUGUUCUGCGCAAGGUGCCGCGUGCCUUGGCAUGAUGGGAUCAAGUGCAAGGAGUUCAGGAAGAUGGGGGAUGACGAGAAAGGGGAGGAGGAUCUGAUGUUCAAGAAGUUGGCUGGAAAGCAGAAAUGGCAGAGGUGCCCCAAUUGUAAGAUGUUUGUCUCAAGGAUCGGUGGCUGUUUGCAGAUAAAAUGCAGGUGUAAACAGUAUUUCUGUUACCACUGUGCUGCCCCAUUGAAGAAAGAUCGUCACUACUGCAACAACUGCCGUCGUUAGUGACUAUAUACACCAGACCUUGUACAUAGGUAUAGGUAACAUCGGUAAAAUAAGUAAUGCUACCAUCUCCUUGAUGAGGAGGAAAUAUAUUUCGUACAAUGCUAAUGAUCUUCAGAUGGUGUUUGGUUGGAGGUGCCUCCAUGGGUUGUUGAACAACUCAGUUGCACUGCUUGCUGCGUAUGUAAUGUCUUCGAGCUGUUCCGUGAAAUUAACCGACACUUUGCUGGGAAUUGGUUUACAUUAUGGUUGAGUAAUAUAUAGCGAAUCACCGAACUCGCCAAUGAUCUCGAAGAGCUUCAGCGACUCUUUGAUAAGGUUCUGAAUUUGUAAAGCUGAACUUAAAAUGCAUAGGCGGUGGCUGUGCCGGCUUAUUUGCAAUUGAAUAAUAAUUUACGAAUAGAACUUUUAUACGUGGAUUCUUAGCGAUCUAAGA